AUGAGACUUAGUACUGCAAUUGCGGCCUUGUUGUCGCUGGCACCGAGUGAAGCAUGGGCCAAAUCGCGCAAGCUUGAUUCAAAGAAAUUCCAGGCCGACAUUAAGACAAACCGUCUCAUGUCCAACUUGGAAGACUUAAAUGACAUCGCCUUUGACAAUGGAGGAAACCGAGCCUUCGGAUUGCCAGGAUAUGACGCGUCUGUCGACUACAUCUUCAAAAAGAUCUCAAAAGUCAAGAACGCCAAAGUCUGGAAGCAAAACUUCCCUGCACUUUUCGCCUUUGUCGACAAGAUUGAGCUCACUGUUGACGACGAGUCGAUCUAUGUCUUUGGUUUGACCUACUCCCCCUCGACGAGCGAAGAGGGUAUCACAGCCGAGCUUGCUCUUGGUCCUGAAGGUGCUGCUGGAUGCGAUGCCUCUUCGUAUGAUGACCUGGAUGUCAAGGGCAAGAUCGUACUGGUACAGCGUUUCCGAUGCCCUACCGGCGGCACCCUUGCUGGCAGAGUGAUCCCUGCAGCGGCUGCUGGAGCUUCUGCUGUCAUUAUUUACCACGACCUGACGACCAACGUUACUGCUAGUUCGCUUAGCCAGCCAGACCCCGAGAAGCAUGUACCUGCUGGCUUCAUCAACCGAGCUGAUGGCCUGAAGCUCAAGGAGCGAAUCGAGGCUGGCGAAACUCUUGAGGCUCAUUUCCAACAGACACAGACUAUCGAGGAGCGAAUCACUCAAAAUGUUAUCGCCGAGACCACAGGAGGUGAUCCACGCAACGUCAUCAUGCUUGGUGCUCAUCUUGACAGCGUUCAAGCUGGUCCUGGUAUCAACGACGACAGAUCCGGAUCAUCGUUGAUUCUUGAGCUAUUCCUCGCUCUUUCAAAGUACAAGACCAAGAACAAGAUCAGAUUUGCCUGGUGGGGCGCUGAAGAGAAUGGACUUCUGGGCAGCAAAUACUACACUUCGAACCUCAGUGCGAAGGAUGUCAACAAUUUGCUUAUUUAUCUCAACUUCGACAUGGUUUCCAAGGGUUUCUUUGGUGUCGCGGACACCGAUGGCAGCUCUCACGGCUCUAAAGCCCCUCCCGGCUCUGAAGUUCCCGAGAAGAUCUGGGUUGAUUACUUCACUAGCAAGGGUCUGGAAGUCACGCCUGCUGUCCUCACCAACGGUAGUGAUUACGCUCCGUUCUGGCAGAACUUGAACAAGCCAUUUGGAUUCUUGCACACUGGUACGGCUGUUGAGCAGGAUCCCUGCUAUCAUCAAGCAUGCGAUACAAUCGAGAACCCUGACCCCAAGACACUCACCAUUAACGCCAAGGCUGCUGCCCAUAUUUUGGCUGUUCUUGACCAGAAGGGAACGAAGCUGAUUCCCAAGACUAAAGUCAGUGAGGCUUCGCUCAAGGGUCUCCAGCAAAGAAGUGUUGGACCAGACUUGGCGCAGAUUGAUGAGCUAGAGGCCAUGGGUCUCAGACAUUUGGGAUGUGGCGUGCAUGAGAUUUGA